AAAGGCAUUGUUGACUGACUUAAAGCUACUAACGACCGGGGUGAACCGUUAUCUGAAUAGCGGCUGUUUAGAGUUAAAACGGACGAUUACAGACACAUUUGCUGUUAAAAUAACGUUAUCGGUCACUCGUUCCACAUGGCAUUCUGACUUCUCUCGGACCUGGUGCCCCCUGAUCAGACCUUGACUGAGCACGUGCCUCCAACUGUCCAACAAGAAACAUGACGGCAAUCAAUGCACCUCGAGACAAAUACAAUGCAGUAUGGAUCAUUUUCUUCAUCCUGGGCUUGGGAACCCUCUUACCGUGGAAUUUCUUCAUGACAGCAACAAUGUACUUCACAAGUCGGCUGAAGGACCAAGAAACUGCCCCCUCCUUAAAUCUGACGGUAAAUGGGACUUUGGAGGGAACAGAUGAUCGAAAUGUGCUGGAGUCAAAGUUUAACAACGUGAUGACGCUCUGUGCCAUGGUGCCUCUGCUAAUCUUCACCUGCCUCAAUUCCUUCCUGCACCAGAGGAUUCCUCAGAAGCUUCGUAUUUCUGGCAGCCUGACAGUCAUCCUGGUGGUUUUCCUGUUGACAGCGGUGUUGGUCAAGGUGGAAAUGGCCCCACUGCCCUUCUUCACCAUCACUAUGAUCAAAAUUAUCUGCAUCAACUCGUUUGGGGCGAUACUUCAGGGCAGUCUGUUCGGACUGGCAGGGAUACUGCCUGCCUCCUACACCACUCCCAUCAUGAGCGGACAGGGGCUCGCCGGUGCCUUCGCCGCUUUCUCCAUGAUCUGCGCACUGGCCAGUGGAUCAGCCCUGCAGGACAGCGCUUUUGGUUACUUCAUCACAGCGUGUGUUGUUAUCCUCCUGGCCAUAAUGUCCUACCUCGCUUUGCCCAGGAUGGAGUUUUUCCAGUACUACAUAGAGAGUAAUGGAUCCAGACCCUCUGCUGAUGAAGAGAAUAAGAUGGACUUGCUGAAAAAAGAAAGUGCAGCAGAGAAGCGACCGGUGGUGAGUCUGAUGGAGGACGAGGCCAAACCCACCGUGUCAGUUUUAAACAUCUUCAAUCAGAUCCGGGUAAUGGCGCUGUCAGUGUGCUUCAUCUUCACCAUCACCAUUGGAACAUUCCCAGCUGUGACAGUGGAUGUCAAGACAACAGUGGUAGAUGAAGAUAACCCCUGGAACAUGUACUUUAUCCCUGUGUCAUGUUUCCUCCUCUUCAACCUGAUGGACUGGGCUGGCAGGAGUCUGACAGCCGUCUGUAUGUGGCCGGGUAAAGACAGUAUAUGGCUUCCUGUCCUGGUGGGUCUGCGGAUUGUCUUCGUCCCUCUCUUCAUGCUGUGUAACGUCCAGCCUCGUUACUACCUCCCUGUGUUCUUUGGCCAUGACGCCUGGUACAUCAUCUUCAUGAUCUUCUUCUCCUUCUCCAACGGAUACCUGGCCAGUCUCUGCAUGUGCUUCGGUCCCAAGAAGGUGCCACCACACGAGGCAGAGACGGCGGGGGCCAUCAUGGCCUUCUUCCUGUCCCUGGGUUUGGCGCUGGGCGCCGCAGUCUCAUUUGCUUUCAGGGCCAUCAUCUAAAACCUCCAGCAGACCCUUCAGUAGACGUAGAUUAGACCACCCCACCCUCACAGUCUGCCUGUUUUCACCCGUCAUGGGAGAGCCGCACUCCUCUACAACUAUCUCCGACUGAGUGGAGGCAGCGCAGCAGACUAGAAGACUAGAGGACCUUCAGUCUUCUCAAGUGUACAGUAGAGACUCGUCUCUUCCAGCCGUCUCGGCAACGAUAUAAGCUGAAACGUGUUACUGAAUAUUAGUAUUCCUCCAAACUAAGGAGCACAGCGUGUAAACUCAAUGCCAUAUAUCAAACGGGUUGUUUCUCUGACAUGAAAUGAAAAGUUGAAGAGUGCAACUUGACGAACAAAUCGAAACCAAAAGUGUAGAGAAAUCAUUUGCAGUAGACUGGUCGUGUAGAAGACAUCAGAAAUUAACUUUUCCUAAAUAUCACAAAUCUUGAGCCCAGAGUUAAUAAAGACAGCCUGCACACAUAGAAUACUAGAGUCUCAUUCAUAAAACUUUCCGCACAAAGUUAUUUUAAACAACUAAUAAAAUGUUAGAUUGCAAUAAUGUUUUUAUGUUAUGUCAAGGUAUACAUUUCUCACACUGUCACAUUCUUUAGUAAUCACAUGGUGUAAAUGGUCUCAACACAUUUUUAUGAAUGAGGCUCUUAGAUUCUGGUGUUCAGCUCAUCUACAUUCAUUUAAAACCAUCAGUUUGUUAACUGAUGUUUUAUAUGACUUCACUCUGGACUGUUGCAGCUUUUAAACUCUGAUCAAGCCAAAUACAUAAAGAAAACAUGGGAAAAUGAUGAACUUUGAAGGGAGGUCACGAUCCAUCAAACGGCUUAUUAAUGUGCCGUGUGUAAACUGCUUUGCUCCCUCGUUCUCCUUUCAGUGUCGACUCGGGUCACUGUGUGUUUGUAAACUUCCUUGUGACGAAUCAGAAAAUACUCAAAGAAUGUAAGGACGAACAAAAUCCUAAAGACGAGGUUUUAAUUAAUUAUCUGGGCCACUAACUGCUGAAUAUUGAUUGUCUUAGAGAGUGGUGUGUUUGUCUGUUUGUAGUUUUAGAUGAAGUUUUACCAGCGUGGGUCACUUUGUUUUAUCUGGAAACACAAAGGUCAACUUUUCUGUCCAGAUUUUCAGCCCACAUGUUACGUUUUUUAUUGUUACUGUGUCUUCCUUAUAAACACAUUUUGCCAGAACGUAUUUUUGAACGCAGCAAAAAGAACAAUAUGCAGCUGUUAGUGACGUAAAAUGUGCCAUUUGUGAGUGAGAUUAGGUUUUUUUAAAUCUCAUUCUUCGGCUUUCUCAAGCCUGUGACAUUUCUCAUUUACACUUGUUCUCAUGGAAGAUAAGUUUUGUAUCAGAAGUAGUUUAUAGUACGUUUUUCCACUUGGCUCUUGCUGAGUUAUUUUUGUUGUUAUGAAUGAGGCCUCUUGCCUGUCAGUGUUAUAUUUUUGUGGCCUUUUUGAUGCUUUUUUAAAAUAAAGUCUCCUUUAGUUGUACACUAUAGUAUUCAUAGUACCAGCUGUAUACAUCUUAACUGCCUGUUUGUUUAAAAGCACAACGUUGGCCUGUUCUUCCAUACUUUUUUUUUUGGUCGGUAUGGGAGUCUGGACCAUUAAAAUGUUACUUAUAUUGCAGCUUAAACAGUUCUGUGAUAAAAUAAAACUGAUAUUUUUAAGAA